GAUAAAACAUGAACAGGGGGUAGAACAACAAGCAAGUUCAUUUUAAGUUGGACUGUCGUAGAUAAGCAGACAUACAGUCUACCAAGGAGACCGGCCUUCCAUAGCCUCCAAACCACAGCUCCCCUUGGGACCAUCGGCUAUUGACGACUUCUCCACAUCUUAACCACUUCUGGGCAAGUUUCUCCAGUGCCUUCCAGCUGUGGGACAUCACCUUUAUUUCAGCCUUCAACAAAGAAAUUAAGUGAUUCAGUUUAAGGUUGUCAGAGAUGUUCCAGUCGUGCACCAGCCCAGGCGAGCAGUGGGUGAUUAGUCAGAGAGAUGGCGGACAGGUUUUUUAUGAUUCUGGACCACACCCACAUAGCUGGCCUCAGUUCUACCCUCCUCACCCCAGUGGAACUGUUCAUCAUUCCCGCUCCGAGCGUCCCCAUGGUGGAGCCUACACCAGAGCACGCAUCCCUGUUUGGUACCAAUCCCAAGACACAUGGAAGGUACAGAGCCACCUGGAGAACUCCAAAUUCCACCUCCACCAGACCCAGAAUCAACAGGUCAAGCAGUACCUGACGCUGGGCUCUAAACUGGCCUCGUCGGCUGGGCAGGGUCACGCUGUUGCGCAUCCACACGCUCCUGGCCAACCACUGGCCACCGUACCGAUCAUGAGGAAUGGACAUAUGCCCUCCGUCAGCGACGGCAGCAACCCCAACAGCCCUGUUACCCUCCUUACUAUGGCAAAUCACGACAGCGAGUUUCCAAUGGAUGAAGUUAUUGAUGACCUAAUUAGUCUUGAAUCCGGUUUCAAUGAUGGAGGCUUGGAUUGCAUGGAGCCUAACAUCAUAAUGCAAAACAAUGUGUCCCUCAGUAGCAGCAUGCUGGACGUCUAUGGGGGUGAACAAGGUAUGAACGCCCCUAAUGGUGGACUGAGUCCCACAUCUAACCCCACAAAGCUCACUGUAAAAAGGGAAUACACAGAGCAUGACACAAGAGUGAUGGCCAAAGAGAGACAGAAAAAAGACAACCAUAAUCUGAUUGAAAGAAGGCGAAGAUACAACAUCAACUACAGGAUUAAGGAGCUGGGGACACUCAUACCAAAGUCGAACGACCCCGACAUGCGCUGGAACAAAGGCACCAUCCUGAAGGCCUCGGUGGAGUACAUAAGGUGGCUGCAGAAGGAGCAGCAGCACGCUCGGGAGCUGGAGAGCCGUCAGAAGAAGCUGGAGCAAGCCAACAGGAGACUUCUGCUGAGAAUCCAGGAGCUUGAGAUCCAGGCACGAGCACACGGCCUCCCAAACAUGGCUUCAGCUUUGGGUACAGUUGAACUGUCGUCCCAUCUCCUCAAACAACAACAGCAGCAGCAGCAGCAGCAACAGCAGCAGUCGUCUCCCCAGGCCCAGCAACCCCAGCAGCCGCCCCUCUACCAAGAGGACCCCAACAGCGACUACCUCCAGAGGAUAGCUGCUGUGGCCGGCGUGCCAUCCAUUCCCACUCCUGCCAGGCCGCAGGACCACAUCCCAGGCGCCGAUGGCUGCACCACAUUCUCCGACCCACUGUCCCACUUCACAGACUUCUUCAGCACCACCCUUAAGGAAGAACACCGGCUGGAUGAGAUCCUGAUGGACGACCCUCUCUCGCCGUUUGGGGCAGACCCGCUCCUUUCGGCUGGCGGCUCGCCAGGAGUCGCGUCCAAGGACAGCAGCCGCAGGAGCAGCUUCAGCUCUGGAGAGGGGGACGACCUAUAAGGCACCCCCCUCAGUAACACACAACAAUACUACUGUAAUCCCCAGUGGGAACGGGGCGUACACAGAGCCUUUAAAAGACUGAUGGCUCCCAGCAAACAAUGACCACUCACAGGGUUGCAAGUAAUUUAAAUGACAGCUAACACACCUGACAGUGCCCCUAAAAGUGCCACCUGUAUAUAAAGUGUGUAGUUCUUGUUGGCCAGGUGGGUGGCCCCAAAAAUCUUGCAUUCUCCAAAGCACAGACGGACCUGAAAUAACUCAUGGACCUCCACCUGCUCUUUUUAACUUCACUAUAGACAAUGAAUAUGUUUCUCUGCCUCCCGGACAGAGCAGAAACAGACUCACAAGAAAAAGGGAGACAUUUUUCAGUCUUUAAGUACAUAAUGUAAAUGACCAUGUCUACUGUUUGUCUAUGUAAACACUGUGGUAGCUGUACACUGUAACAUUUAUGCAAAAAUAAUCACUGAAAACCUGCCAAAACUGUCUUUUUAUUAAAAUGAAAAAACUACUACUUCACAGAGGGAUUGUAAACAGUGAUGUGCCUUAUUCAAACACCUGUUUUGUCUUAUAAAGAGAUCUGAACAUGUGACUGAUGUACUCACCGCAAUGCCUAACAUGUCUGUGUCUUUUAAGUGUUUUUUUUUUGUUAAAUAAUUGCUUAUGUAUUUAUAUAUGUUUUAAUCCAUGUACUCCUGAAAAAGAUAUAUAUUAUUAUCUAACAUGUUAUCUUUUUUAUUCUUAGCAGGGGUGGAACAAAUAUAAUAAACCCCUUUUUUUGG